UUAUGAUCGACACUUCGUUUGCUUGAGGCCAACAGAAAUCACAACUGAUUUGGGCGCUUUGUUCAGGGGCUCCGUUACUGAACCUAAUCUAACCAUAGUUUUUGAAUUAAAACAUGAACAAGGAUCAUAAACCACGCGUUCGAAAACGAGCAACACAUAUUGUUACUGAUUCAAGACCACGACACAAUUACGGGAGUGAAAAACCACUGUUUGUCUAUUCAUGUAUUUGCGGACAAAUGUCACUUAUAAUUGACUGUCUAGUAGAAAAACUACCAAGGCGUCCUAGAGAUGAUGCUAGAGUUAUUGACGGAUCCAAACGUGCUCAUAAGACAACGGCUACGGCUGUUAAUCCACUUGCUCCAAUUUAUAUACGUUGGCCAAAUGGGAUAGAAAAACAGUUUCGCAGGUACUGCAAAGGCUGUGGAUUACCAAUUUUUUACCGUCACAGUGCAGAAAGUUCCACGACCGAAUUCAUCAUUAAGGAUGCAUUAAAACUUCAAGAUGAUCAGGCUGCGUUGUCUGCAUCUAUGUUAUGUCCUAAACGACCAACUGCUGCAAAGCAUAUUGAUGAAAGCUCGGCUAAUGCUAGAUUACUUGAAGCAUUGGCUGCUGAAGCAGCUGCUCUACAGCAAAGUGAAGCCUCAAAUACUGCUCCAUUGCGUCGUAGUGUUCAACAACAAGAAACUACUCAAGGCAUUGAUACCGCUGUCACUGUUUCCACUAUUGAAGACGAAGAAGAGGAAGCUGAGGCGAAGGAAAUAGCUGAUUCGUAUGCCGCCAAUGCUCGUGUCAUUGAACAAGAAAUGAUUCGACGUGGUAUUAUAAAACGCCGUUUGGUUGAUGAGGCUAAUGAAGAAGCUCAACAAAGACGAAUUCGAGGGACAUUAAUUGAAAAGCAAUGAUUCUUUUUAUAUAGAACAAAAAACAAUUACGAAUCUACGAUUCUAUUUUAUCUUUGUAAAUAAGUAAAUAUAUUGCAUUGUAGUUUUUUUUCAAUUUCAGUACCAAAUCAUUUCAGAAUGUCUAUGAUUUUUUUCACUUGAUUGGUACUAAUUUGUUUACAAUAUAUUUUUCCAGUAAA